UUGUAUUUUCCAACCGCCAGUCGCUACUGACAUUCGGCGCCAUAAUUAACUACAUUUCCCUUGACUCCAUGCGCGGCUGGGGGUGGGCUGCUCCAGGACAUGCUGCUCUCCUUGGAGUCCAUACUGUCCAGUUGUCAAUGUGGUCCUGAAACAUUUGCGAGUGUUGAAUGGCCGUGAGGACUCCGCCGUGUUGCUGAACUCUGACUCCAACAGCGCACUGUGGUUGACCACCAGGACGGAGAAGGAUUAGGAGAGGAGGCGGAGGAUGAUGAUGAUGCAGCACAUCCUUACCCAUGGGACCCUGUGGCGGGUGGUGGCGUGGCGCUCGCUGGCGGCAGGCACAGCCGUCCUCGAGCAUCCGGCGGCGACGGCGUCCAGGUUCUGCGUGCUCCGUCUGUCGCUGCUGCAGCCCGCCACCCAGAGAUGGGUGUCAGCAUCCACCUCCAGCAGAGCAGCACAUCAGCCAAAGCACCAAUCCCCACAGAAACAAUCAGCACAACCUGCAUCUGACCCGCCUUCGCAGGACGGCCCCAAAGGGCAGCCGGAGAAGGCGGACGUUGACCCGCUGCAGGACAAGUCCAUCGGUCUGGUCCAGAGGUUUAAGAAGAUGUUGAAACAGUACGGGAAGGUGAUGAUCCCAGUUCACAUAGCAACGUCCUCCGUCUGGUUUGGAACCUUCUAUUACGCUGCUAUGAAAGGUGUGAAUGUAGUGCCGUUCCUAGAGAUGAUUGGUUUCCCAGAAUCCAUAGUUGGCCUUUUGAGGAAUUCCUCUAGUGGCUAUGCACUGACCGCCUACGCCAUGUUCAAGAUUGCAACCCCGGCUAGAUACGCAGUGACGCUAGGCGGAACCUCACUGUCUGUUCAGUACCUCCGCAAACAGGGCUACCUCUCCACACCACCGCCCGUCACAGACUACAUCCAGGACAAGAUGGAGGCGACCAAGGAGAGAUUCACAGAAAAGAUGGAGGAAACAAAAGGACUCAUCUCUGAGAAAAUGGAAGAGACUAAAGACAAGCUUUCUGAGAAGCUGCAGGAAACCAAAGACAGAGUUUCAGAGGGGAAAUCGUUUUUUCGGAAGAAGAACGACUAGUGGCUCACACGUACACGAGGCUCCUGCUUGCUAAUCUCGUUUUGUGGAGUUGACAGAGUGGGGGCGAGUAACACUUCAUUUCUUUAACUGUCUGGAGGUGUGAGACGUUGCACUAUCCCCAUCUGGACUCCCGUCAGUUAUCACUUUGGUGUCUAUUUAUGUGUCAAAUCGGUCCCUAAUUGUCUGAACCUUCCCACAAUGCACUGCAAAUGUAGAUCAGCCAGCAGCUUAGCCGCCUGCUGGCAGCGCCGUUUCCUGGCUCUGCCGACUCAGGCAGGAUUUCCACGGACUGGAUCUGGCCUGAGUCGUCUCCUGGCUGCGAAGCAACUGCCAGUUUUACUUGAACACUCGGUGAGCCAGGUGAAGACGGCCAGACACAGAGCUGUGCUAAGCCUUCUGACUGAACAGAAAAUAAAACUUGAAGCUCUUCGUUGACCGUCUCAUAGUUUGUUAAAUAAGAAAGAGAUUUCACCUUGUGUCUUUAAACGUAAUUAACCAGAAAUAAUGUUUUUUUUAAUGAGUUUUUCUCUUGAUAGUCAAAUAAUAUAUCACAUUGGUUGUGGUUUCUGCAAUAUGAGAGCCAAGUUGAAACAGGACUAAAGCGGAGGAUGGUUUGGUACAGUUUACAUGAGGUAAGCACAGCUGCACAGUCCUGGUCAGAACUCCAGGACGGAUUCUGAUCAGACGGAGGAGAACGAGUCGGCCCUGAAUGUUGAGGCUUGUUGUGACAGGAGACUAAUGAUUGUUGGAAGCUUUCUGUGAUCACAAAACUUCAAAAUUUCAAUCUGGAGACAAUGAAUCAGAAAUGAGGUUCAAAAGGUUUUCAUCCAUCCAUCCAUCCGGGCCAGGAGGCGAGGGACACCCUGGACAGGUUGCCAGGACAACACAGAGACAGACGCAACAAAAUAACCGUUCAAACCCAGGAUCUUCUGCAAGGCAACAGUCCUACCAAUAUGGCCUCAUCUUGAUGGAAAAAAAUUCAUUCAAUAAACUUUGAUCCAUAUUUUGUUUUUGUUGCUGAGAAUGGGGACAAAAAAUUGUAGAUCUAAAAGAUGUGAAACAUUCAACCAAAAACGUGAAGUAUUUCUAUGAACUUCUCAUGAAAAUGCAAAUCUUUGAAUAAGAUUAACAAUCAUUUGCAGAUCCUCUUUCUCCAAAAAUAUGACUGCUUUUUAAGUUUUGUUGCAUAUUGAAUUUAUCAUGAGGCAUAAUAAUAAACCAUUAUCAUAAUUAACUCAUUUAGGCUUUUUUAUUAGAAACUGCUGACAUUUUUCUUGAUACCCGAGUAUUUUGUCCUUCAUGGCGUUUGGGCCGCGGAGCAGAAGGAGUUUCUGACCGGGACUGUAAACGGACUGCUGUAUAGAACCCAGAUAUUAAAGUUUCACAAUGUGACAGAAAUAACUUGUUUCACUUAGUAAACAAACUGAUGUCCUCACCAGAAAUUCACUGAUGUUUGGUCAAAAUCACACCGAAUAAACGUGAUAUGAAAAU